UGCAGGUAGGUAUGACCUCAUUUUCUUUCUUCUAUCUUUAACCCUUAACUACUUUACCGGCCAACGGCACUGGCUUUCUGAACUGUUAUAACUGCAUUUACUGUAGCCUACAGAGACACUGACGAUUUCGAGUCCCUGCAUUUUGUAUAAUGAAGUAGGCUAAGCGUUUUAAUUCGCUCUUAUUGAUCUGUGAAACCUUCUGUAAGCAAUAUGUUCCUUACCAAAAACAUCUUACUGAAAGAAUAAUGAUUUGCUGUCACGUGUUACUCAAGGCUAAACUCUACACGCCAUCUGGAGCAGCCCUCGCUUUAGGAUGAGUAACUUACAAUUGAGCGGGUAACUAAAUAUUCAAAAACACUACGUAAUCCCAGAGUACAUUGCUUCACUGUCUGCAUUACCUAAUCCCAUAAACCAUCGCGGGGGGGCGGAGAUAUGGCUAGUUGUCAGAGCAACUUGCAUGUCAUUAGACAUACCCCGCCCAUCAAAUCAUCUCAAGCCAAUCAGACGCCGUAGAAAUGACAUCAUUGUUAUUUUCAGUAGAGCUGCAGCUUAGAGGUGGAUAAAGUUCGUCUCCACGUUGGAAGUGAUAGAAAGUAUUAUCCCUAUUCAGGCUGUUUCUAGAUUUUGGGAAGGAGGAUAAAUCAAAGAGGAUACUUCAGGUGUAAAAACACCGAGGCUCGGCGGCGGGGGAACUGCGUGGUUCGUUGAUGAUCGGACGGUUCACAAGAGAAAAGUUUUCUCAGGACGCGAAGUUGUCAAAAUAGACCUCCAUCAAGGUGAUAAAAACUUUAUGUCCAGAAAAAUGGAAGCGACAUUUUACGACGAAGCCGUCAAUGCCUCCAACUCUCAGCAUGACGGGACGACCGUGUAUGGGUUCAACCCCAAAACCCUCAAACAGACCAUGACUCUAAACCUAAACGACCCGAAAAACUUCAAACCCCAGCUGAGCUCCAAGGCCCUGGACAUCCUGACGUCCCCUGAUGUCGGGUUGCUGAAGCUGGCCUCGCCUGAACUGGAGAGAUUAAUCAUCCAGUCCUGCAGUGGGCUGACGACUCCUACCCCGACCCAGUUCGCCUGUCCCAAGAACAUCACCGACGAGCAGGAGGGGUUUGCUGAGGGGUUUGUGAGGGCACUGGCUGAGCUCCACUACCAUCAGCAGGGACCCGCACAGACCGGCGCGACCAACAGCAUGCUAUCCGGCUCUGCUGCGUCUGAGGGCGGAGGGAUUCCCUACAGCUGCACGGUGCGCACCGAUCCGCCGGAGUACACAAACUUGGGCACUUUCAGCCGGGUUGUGGGCUCUGCGUCUGCACCUGCCAGCGAGAGGCACCCAUCUAUGAGUUACCCGUCCGCCCCACCGCAGUCCCACAACCACAUGGACCACCAGCGGCUACACGCGCUCAAAGAGGAGCCGCAGACGGUGCCCGAGAUGUCCGGCGACACCCCGCCGCUCUCCCCCAUCAACAUGGAGAACCAGGAGCGCAUCAAAGCGGAGCGGAAGCGCAUGCGGAACAGGGUGGCCGCGUCCAAAUGCCGGAAAAGGAAGCUGGAGAGGAUCUCCCGGCUGGAGGAUAGGGUCAAAAACCUGAAGAGCCAAAACACGGAGCUGGUUUCCUCUGCCAACGUCCUCCGGGACGAGCUGGCUCUGCUCAAGCAAAAGGUCAUGGACCACGUUAACAGCGGCUGCCAGCUCAUUUUGACGCAGCAGCUCCAAACUUUCUAGACUGCCAAGGGGAAAGAACCAAGGGACAUUUCUUGGGGACCAAAUGCAGCUUAAAGUGGUCAGUUCAGCCUGGCGGGGGGGAGUCCCGGAGUCUCAUUUCCACCAAAUUAUCCGCUCAGGCUGCGUCCACUAAGUUUCCGCAGUAAUUAGUCAGUAUGAUUAAAUAUUACAGAGCAGAGGCCACCACACUUUCUGCACAGACACACAGCUCAGAGGGAACAUUUGCUCCAAACACCCCUCUGAUGUGACUUGUAAGAUAUUUCUGGCAAUGUAGUGUCCCUCCUCCUCCUCCAAUUCAAAACUACAAGAUCAAAUGUAUAUUCAGUCAAGCCAAGGUAGCAUGGCAUGUGUCCAUACCUGAAGCUCAUUUCAAAUUGAUGAAGUCUCAUGCAGUCUCGCGCCCUGACAGACAGCCAGAGCCUGUUUGGGAUCAAAUUGCAAAUGGACAGAAACACAAUGUGAACGAGGCCUUGCCUGGCAAAUCUCCCACUAUGUCAAGUAGCAAUGUAUGCAUAUAGACUUGAGUCAAGCACUGAGUAUCCCACCAGCGACUAUACAGUAUGUACAGAGUAACACUAACAAACAAAAAUGUUUCACACCUUUACGCAAGGACUCUUAUAGGUGUGUGUGUGUGUGUGUAGCGUUUACUGAAAAAAAAAACUGCCUUACUUUCUUAAUCCUUAUGUUCAUACAAGUUUGUGAUAAAAGAUGUAGGCUAACUAAUGUUCGACCCGAAAUAACACUUUGUAAUAAUAUUUGUACGCUGUAUUUUGAGCACUUCGGAACUGUACAUAUGUCAAAAUAAAAUGUUGGACACGCGUGA